CCUUUGCCCACCCAUUGAAUCGCACUCACGCGACUGCCGCUAUAGCUAGUCUUCCGUCACUCCAGCCAGACUGUGCGCCUUCGGUCUAUUUAUCACAAUCUGUUUCCAGAUCCGAGAGUUUGUCCACUUUCCCAGCACAUCCCAACUCAGGCCUUCCAACGUUGCUUCUCACACGAUGGCCGAUAACCAGCUCCCGCGGAUUAGGACGUCAUACCUUCUCGGUCUUAGCAACAAGCCCUUCAAAGACCCGCCAAAGCCCCCGCCGCUGAACAGCUAUCGCGGAAUGCUGAGAACUCCCGGCGCAGCCAUCGAAUGGGCAGCUAGCGAUGGCCGGAGGGGUAGGCUGAUGGGUAAGGGAAAAUCGCGGCUGUUGAGCACGUUAGACGCGGCGGCGCCACAGAACCAGGUGAAUGCGAGCGCGAACAUGAACGCGAGCCAAGGCGUGCCGAACAACCCUGCCCAAUCUGGAAGCGGUGGCAACGAGGCAAGCGAUCAGCCCAGCAGCCAAGCAGCCAGCUCGGGGGAGGUCGAGUACAAGAAGGGCGUCCCCAGCAAAGACUUCUCGGAAGAGGAGGACAGGACAAUCAUGCGUAUGAAGAUCGAUGACAAACAAUGGGGCGACAUAAUGAAACAUAUGAACGGGAAGUCUAAGAAGCAGUGCACUCAACGCUUCAAUGAGAUUCGACCGGACGACUUUUACGAAAAAAGAAACGCAGCAAAAGGCAACGGCAGGAGCGGCAAACAAGGUAACCAGAAUGACCAGCAGCAGAACAAUAAGGGGCAAGACAAAAAGGAGGAGAAGACCGAAUGGGGCACUGGCCAUGGUGGAUGGGAUCCCAUGGCUGUCCUUGGUGGCGUGUUCGGGGAUGAUCGCAAAUCCAACGCUUCUGACAAAGGUUCCAAACAAUCCGAAAAGCCUGGUGAUACAACGUGGGCUGGCACCGGUAAUGACUGGGCUGCUUUGGCUGCAGACGGGAACGAGAAUAACACAGGUGGGAACGCGGGGUGGACCAAUGGUGGAGAUCACAAUAAUGCUGCUGUAACAGCUCCUUGGGGGAACCUUGGUGGAGACAACACUGCUUCUGGAGCAGCUCCUUCGGAUAACAACGGUGGUGGUGACUGGAAUCAACAUGCCAGCGGAGGAAAAGACAACAACAAGAGGGGUGAGGGAAAGAAGAGUAAGCACGAGAAGAAACAGGAGAAGAGGGGCAAGAGCAACGAAAGGUCGAACAAGAAAGAAAGCAAGCCUGAUGCUGCUGUCCAGCCCUGGGAGACCGCCAACGACAGCUUUGGUAACGGAGGCGGCGGAGCGACAACAGGGUUUGGCGACUCUGGUGGAUGGGAUUUCGAUAACAACGAAGACAAGAAGAGUGAGAGCAAGAAGAGCAAGAAGAGCAGCUCUCGCUCAUCUAAGGCAAGUUCGAAAAAUGCUUGGGGGGCAGACCGAGACAAUGGAGGCGCCGGUACUGUUUGGGACGCGGCCGAUGGCGGCGGUGGUGGUAGGCAGGGCUGGACCGAAAACACUGACGGCUAUACUGGUGGGGGCUGGGGUGACAACAAGGCCGAUACGGGCGGUGCUCAGGCCUCUUCCAAGGAUCACGAAAAGUACCGCUCAUCUCAUCGUCGCUCCAGCUCCCUGGAGAGCAAGCAUAGAUCACACCGUCACCUGAGCAGCAGCCAUCCCACAGAGUACAAGGUCGCGCCGGACAGCACGUUCUCGCAAGACGAGCUGAAGCUCAUCGCCAGGAUCUUGCAGCAGGAUUGUUCGAUGGUGUGGGAGAGAGUGUCGUGGAGGUUCAAGGAUAAGACCGGUAGAAACUUGGAGCCGAAUAUCUUCGAGAAGAAGAUCACGGGGAGGUUGAAGAAAGAGAGGAGGCACUGAGCAAUUGGCGAUUUCUGAGAGAGAGCUUUCUUAGAACUUACACUUGGACCAUUUUGUCCUGCUACCUACAUGACCAUUUCGCCUUAUUGGUGAACCUGUUAUUGCUGGCUUGCCAUGGAAUACUCCCGAGAUUCCCCCCGAGAUCUAGGUGCGAACUAGAGCACUGGAAAGGCUUAGCUCGCCCCUACGGAACCAUCUGGGCUUGACUUCUUCCACAGUCACGUGUCAUCGUCUUCCUCCAUCAAAAAUAUUCCGAUAUAUCGACCGGAAAUCUAGCCGGGAUUCUUUCCGUCGAACCGCACUAACGAUCAAUCCCCACG